GGGUGGACAGCAUUAUGAGCUGGACGUGAUGGUGGUCGACGAACAGGAACUGUGGCCCACCUGGACGUAUCUGUCUGCCCCAGCCCAGCACGUCGACAAGGUCCACGUCACGUUUCGCAUCUUCGGCACGGCCAAGACGAGUCGGGAGCAGUGGGUGGCCGAGAGACGUAGCCGUGCUCCUGAGAUCAGCUGUGCCUUUUACCAUCUGCUGGAACGGUGCGUCAAGGCUGGCCCUCUGUCUGAACGUUCCGUCAGAAAUGGCCGAAGAGUCGAGAGAUGACUGUCAGACAUCUUUCGAUCCACGUCGGCGUCCCAGGCGAAGAAAGCCAGAUGGCGCCUCCGAACAUGCGCUUCCACCGC